AUGGGCAUGACAUCAACUCCACCUUGGUUGGUGUCGUUGGUGCUGCUGGUUGGGAUUCUGCCCUGUGCUUUGUGUGAUGCGUUGGAACCGUUGGCACCAGUUAGAAGAUGUUAUGUGCCACCUAUUCGGCACGGAAGCGGCUGCACACGAAUACAAUCACUACAGGGACCAGGCUUUGGGCUCAACCGGUACGGACAGGAGACAACAGCGCAGCGGCAGUGUUUGAAGAGGCUGCGUGAGGUUGGUGCGAACACUUUCGUCUUUGCUCCUGGCCUUUGUGAUCUGUGGAGCUGCAGCUCAGCAGAGUCGCUGAAAGGGGGAGACGGUCCCGACAACGUUACUGCGCAACGGGAAGGCAUGGAGAGCGCUGAGGGCGCUGCGCGUGCUACCGGACUGUCAGUUUUUUCCGAGCUUUGCGAAUACCAGGAGCUUACCCCGCGUCCUGGAACUCGUCGCAGCCCUAUCUUUGUUAAACUCUGGGAAUGGAACUACGCAGAUAUUGGCAGGGAGUGCCAAGAGUUUCUGGGACCGAACGGCUUCGACGCUGUCCAGGUGUCGCCCGUGACUGAACACAAGCUUGGUCCCCAAUGGUGGACAAAGUAUCAACCCGUGUCCUUUUCGCUGAGCUCGCGUUCCGGCUCCAUGGAAGAUUUCGCAUCCAUGGUAGCCACCUGUCGAGCAAGCGGCGUGCAGGUCGUGGUAGACCUCAUCCUCAAUCACAUCGCAACCCCGUGCAAAGAGGGGCGUGGAAGCCCUGUGAACCUGACGCCGUGUGUUGGCUGGAAUGGAAGCCUCUACGGCAACCGGCGCUUGGCCGGUGCAAGAGGUUGGGAUGCGGCGGGUCCCGAGCUGUUUAAUCAUGUAGAAGGGUCCCUUAUGGAGAACUGCAUCGUCGGUCCUCCCAGCUGGACUUGCAAGGCCGGGAGUGUCGAUGUCACUGACUGCAGCUGCUGCAGCUGUGACUUUCUCAAGCUUCCGGAUUGGAAUACUGGCUUACAAGAGGUGCACGACAUGCACUUGAGGCACGUCCACGAGCUGCACGACAUAGGCGUGACCAUGCUCCGGAUUGACCUAUCGUUGUUUGAGUCCAUCGCUGAACUCAGCAACGUACUCAGCACGGUCCCUUGGGACUUUGUGUACCAGGAGUGGUGGUGGGAGAAGCCGGAUCCAGUGCGCAAUCGCUACAUCGGACAUUUCCGCGACAUUACCUACCGAUACCUCAUCACCCACUACUUGGGCAACUCAUCGCUGGCAAAGUUACCAGAAGUACUGACAUUGUCGCGAGGACAUGACAAGAUCCGUCCUGAGACGAGCAUUUAUCCCAUGGCCUUUCACGAUGGCCGAACCUGGAAAGCCAAUCCUGGAAAUGCCACCUACAAGAACGGCCUGGAGUUCCACCAGCAGCAGAAGUUCAUGCUGGCUUGGCCGCUGGGUGCCUCCGUGCUGCUGUGGGGCGGCUUUGGAUGGUCUGCUAUGAGCGAUGGGCCACCAGGUUGUGAUUUUCGUGGCGAGAAACGCUGCCAGCCUGAACCUGUGUUCGUCGAUGGCGAGGCCCAGUGCAUGCCGACUCCACGCGAGUCACCCUUGCCAGCAGAUCUUGCCAUGAAGCGUGGCUGGGUCUGUGAGCAUCGAUGGGAGGGGGUGGCUGGCCUAAUCGAGUUCCGAAAGGCCUGCCGGGGCCUGCCAGUGACGAGAACCUGGAAGGAGCCCGAACUCAGUUCGGGUCGUCUCGCCUUCCGUGCUGGCGAGGACUGCUUCGCCGCGCUUGUCCGCGGCUACAACACGCAGCUGCAGUCGACUUGGGGUCAUCUGGGCAACUGGUUGCUGGACGGCCUUCAUGUGGGCCUUCCGAGCGGCCGGUACUGUGAUCUGGGAUCGCUGUCCACGCAAAGAGGAUGGGACCGCAAAAGGUGCCCCAGGCAAGUCGUGAUCGGUACAGAUGGGAGGAUUCUCAGUGGCAUCGUGUUGGAAGGUGACCUGCUGGCCAUUCACGUGGGCGGCAGGAUGUCCUGA